GCUCACCUGUGCAGCAGCCACAUCCGUCGACGAUGUCUUCUCCAGCGUCGACAUCGUUAUCGGCCGUCUACAACAGCGUGGUGCACUCGUGUCCUGUCAACAUUUCAUCUGACUGGAACGGAAGAUCUGUAUGAACUCUAUACACUAACUGUUUGCCCAACUCUCAGCCACGUUCCAAGCGGGCGCCUCUGAAUAAACUUCAAUCGUACUCGAUCCUAGGCUCAGUUUCAGCCACUAUAGAGGAAGAGUCUUUUAAGCUUGUUCUGCAUCCUCCUUUUUCUUGCACUCUUCCUCUCAGAUGGCACACCGCGUGCUCAUCCUUGGCGGUGGCGGCCGUGAACAUGCUCUCGCUUGGAAACUGUCUCAGUCUGACCUUGUUGAGAGAAUUUUCGUAGUCCCAGGCAAUGGCGGAACGGCAAAAGAAGCAAAAACUACAAAUGUAUCUCUACCAAACGUAGACUACUCACAUAUCGUAGAAUUUGCUGUCCGCGAAAAGGUUACAUUGGUACUUCCUGGUCCGGAGCAACCCCUUGUAGAUGGAGUUGAGACAUAUUUCCGCAAGGUCGGUAUCCCAGUUUUCGGUCCUUCUGCAGUUGCUGCCCAAAUGGAAGGAUCGAAAGCAUUCGCAAAAUCCUUCAUGGAUCGACAUGCUAUCCCUACUGCAAAAUUUCGUGUAUUCCCUUCCACUGCUUUCGAUGAAGCUUGCGAAUACGUGCGAACAUGUAGCUUCAAUGUCGUCCUGAAGGCCAGCGGCCUAGCUGCGGGAAAGGGUGUGCUCAUCCCCAGCACAACUGACGAAGCCAUCGCGGGCUUGAAGGAGAUCAUGGUGGAUAAUGUAUUUGGAGCAGCAGGCAGCGAAGUCGUAAUCGAAGAGUUGUUGACGGGCCCCGAAGUGUCCGUGCUCGCUUUCGCGGAUGGUUACACCAUUAUUCCAUUGCCUGCCGCGCAGGACCACAAGCGUAUUGGCGAGGGUGACGCUGGCCCGAACACGGGAGGCAUGGGUGCAUACGCACCUGCUCCCGUCGCCACGCCAGAAAUUAUGGAUCGUAUUAUGAAGGAGGUUCUGCAACCAACUAUUUCUGGAAUGCGAAAGGAUGGUUAUCCAUUCUUAGGAAUGCUCUUCACGGGUCUCAUGCUUACUGACGACGGCCCCAAAGUUCUUGAGUACAACGUUAGAUUCGGAGACCCAGAGACCGAGGCCUUGGUGCUACUAUUGUCGGAGGACACGGAUCUUGCGGCAGUUCUGCUGGCCGCCGUGGAACGGAGGUUGGAUGCCGUUGAGAUCAAAACGCGUCCAGGCUUUGGAGUCUCGGUCGUUCUUGCUUCGAAAGGAUAUCCAGGAAGUUAUUCCAAGGGCAAGAAGAUCGAUAUUGGAGAUCUUCCAGCUAAUGUCGUCGCAUUUCAUGCUGGUACCCAGGUGGCUGGUAGUGAAAUUGUCACAUCCGGCGGUCGCGUAAUGGCCGUUUCUUCCUACGGUCUCACACUGGAGGAAGCACUAAAGUCCGCAUAUGCAGCGAUUGAGAACGUCUCAUUCGAAGGGAAAGUGUUCCGAAGAGACAUUGCAAAACGAGCCCUUCAACCUGAGGUCUCGACUUCUCAAAAACUCACCUAUGCUGCAGCGGGCGUAUCCGUAGAAGCUGGUAACAGUCUCGUAGAAGCAAUCAAGCCUUUCGUACGCAACACACGUCGGUCAGGUGCAGACGCUGAGAUUGGCGGCUUUGGUGGCGUCUUCGAUCUCAAGGCCACUGGGUACCAUGACCCGGUCCUCGUCAGUGGAACAGACGGUGUCGGCACGAAACUCGCAGUAGCAAACCUUACCGGCAUCCACGACUUCGUUGGCAUCGAUCUAGUCGCUAUGUCCGUGAACGACCUUCUGGUACAAGGUGCUGAGCCUCUAUACUUCCUGGACUACUUCGCCUGCAGUCAUCUUGACGUUCCAACCGCUAGUCGCGUCAUUAAAGGCAUCGCGGAUGGAUGCUUAGACGCCGGAUGUGCGUUGAUUGGAGGCGAGACCGCAGAAAUGCCUGGGAUGUACCAACCAGGUGACUACGACCUUGCAGGCUUCGCUGUCGGCGCCGUCGAAAGACACAAAAUUCUCCCAACAUCGGAUAUCAAACCAGGAGACGUAUUACUUGGUCUUCCUUCGUCAGGCGUGCAUUCCAAUGGAUUCUCCCUUGUUCGCAGGGUCGUGGACCGUUCCGGAAUGAAAUACACAGACCCAUGUCCUUGGGCGCCAGAAGUCAGCCUCGGCCGUAAUCUCUUGGAACCAACCAAAAUCUAUGUGAAGCAAGUCCUCCCGGCAGCGCAAACAGGCCUUCUCAAGGGCAUGGCCCAUAUCACUGGCGGCGGCUUCAUCGAAAACGUACCACGAUUCCUCCCGAAAGGCCUCGGAUGCUUCAUCGACGCUUCAACCUGGGAACUGCCACUCGUGUUCCGCUUUAUCAUGAAGCACGGUGGCGUCGAACCUUUAGAAAUGGCCCGCACAUUCAACAACGGUAUCGGCAUGGUGAUUGCUGUAGAGCCCAGUCUUGUUGAGCAAGCUAUUCAAGCAUUGUCAGGGACUGUGUACAAAAUCGGCGAGAUCACUGCUCAAAGCGGUGUAGAAAUGCGGAACCUAGACGCAUGGACGGCCUAAAACAAACUAAAACAGAGUACGAACCUUGUAACAAUUUCAAGAUUGCUAGAUGGAAUACAUGUCAAUGACUGUAUGCGUGUAUAAUGGUCAUCGUAGAUCUAAAACUGGAAGCGCAGAAAUGCAAUGUGGUUUGUGGGAUCUACAUAGCGACAUGAGGAAAACGCUGAAUACAUAGCGUGUACAUAGAAUAUGCAUGUGAAGUGUGAAGGAGGUUAGAGUAUGCGUCUGGUCGAACAGAAUGUGUACGUGAAUUUUAUGUAUGUAGGAUGUAUGCGAAGAUGUAUAGCGAAACGAACGCGAGCGCGAAGAUAAGCG